UCCUCAGCAAGAGAUAUUAUGUCGGAAGUAGCCAAGAAACAACCGGUUACAUUUGCAAUUGCUGCAACUAACAGAACAAAAAGGCAAAUUGGAGCCUGUGAUAGUUGCUGCAAGCCUGGACAUCCCGGACGGCCAGGACCACCAGGAGCAAAUGGAAAACCAGGCACACCAGGAGCUCCAGGACGGCCUGGUGCUCCUGGACGACCACCGAUAGUUUGCGAAGAGGUUGAUAUUCCGCCAUGUAAUCCUUGCCCACCAGGACCACCUGGACCGCCAGGACCUAAUGGUAAUCCAGGGAAUCCUGGAAGGGCCGGACCACCAGGCAGGCCAGGGAACAGUGGCAGUGCUGGACCACCAGGACCUGUGGGACCACCAGGGCCACCAGGACAGCCUGGAACAGAUGGCGAGCGAGGCGAACCAGGCAGGCCAGCAUCAAGUACACCUGUACUUCCAGGCGAUCCAGGUCAACCGGGACCACCAGGUUUACCUGGACCAGAUGGAAAUCCAGGGCGAGAUGGACAACCAGGAAGUCCUGGAGCAAAUGGACCACCAGGACCACCAGGACCACCCGGUAAUGCUGGUCCUAACGGUGAAAUUGGCGUACCUGGUCAACCAGGACCACAAGGUGAACGAGGUAUUUGUCCGAAAUACUGUGCAUUGGACGGCGGCAUAUUUUUCGAAGAUGGAACACGAAGAUAA